CCUGCACUGUGUCCGCAGUCUCUGGUCAUCCCCUGCACUGUGUCCGCAGUCUCUGGUCAUCCCCUGCACUGUGUCCGCAGUCUCUGGUCAUCCCCUGUACUGUGUCCGCAGUCUCUGGUCAUCCCCUGUACUGUGUCCGCAGUCUCUGGUCAUCUCCUGUACUGUGUCCGCAGUCUCUGGUCAUCUCCUGUACUGUGUCCGCAUCUCUGGUCAUCCCCUGUACUGUCCCCAGUCUCUGGUCAUCCCCUGUACUGUGCCCGCAGUCUCUGGUCAUCCCCUGUACUGUGCCCGCAGUCUCUGGUCAUCCCCUGUACUGUGCCCGCAGUCUCUGGUCAUCCCCUGUACUGUGCCCGCAGUCUCUGGUCAUCUCCUGUACUGUGCCCGCAGUCUCUGGUCAUCUCCUGUACUGUGCCCGCAGUCUCUGGUCAUCUCCUGUACUGUGCCCGCAGUCUCUGGUCAUCUCCU